CGAUAGCCUUUUUUUGCCUGGUUUUCAUUGCAUGGAACUUCCCACUUUCAUAUUUAAAUAUCUUCAUUAACAUCUAACCUUUGUGCCCAUUCUCUUUUUUAAAUUAAAAUCUCUUCCACAAUCCAAUAUGUUGUUUCUUCCCCUACUUGUUUUUGCUUCCAUAUUCAGUGCUUGCUGUCUUGCAACUUCAACUUUAGGAACUACUCUUGCAAAAGACGAAGUGGAAGCUUUGGAAAGCAUAGGUAGAACACUGGGGAAGACCUGGAAAUUUAGCGUGGAUCCGUGCGGUAGCGGAGACGAGAGUUGGGCAAAAUUUGCAGAAAAAGAUGCUUAUUAUGUUAAUAAUGUCACUUGUGAUUGCAGAUCCAGCCCCUGUCAUAUCGUCCGCAUAGUGCUGAAGGGACAAAAUCUACCAGGCACUCUCCCACCACAGUUGACCAGACUUCCUUACCUCCAAGAAAUUGAUCUCAGUCGUAACUAUCUUAGUGGCUCCAUUCCUCCUCAAUGGGGUUCAAUGAAGCAACUUGUCAAAAUUUCCCUUCUUGGAAAUCGUUUAACAGGUUCAAUCCCUGAGGAGCUGGCAAACAUGAGCAAUCUUACCAGCUUAGUCCUUGAGCACAAUAACUUCUCUGGAAAGUUGCCUGCUGCACUAGGGAAUCUACCCAAAAUCGAGAGACUGUUUCUUAAUUCCAACAAUUUUAUUGGUGAAUUGCCUGAAACAUUUGCUAGGCUGACUACAUUGAAGGAGUUCCGGAUUGGUGACAACAACUUCACCGGAAAGAUUCCGGGUUUCAUUUUCCAGAAUUGGACAAAUCUUACGGAUAUAUAUAUGAUCGCAAGUGGUUUGAGUGGGCCAAUUCCAGACAUUGUUUCUUCAGGAAACUUGAAAAAUAUAAUAAUUAGUGACUUGAAUGGAGCUGAAUCACAAAUUUCACAACUUAGUAAUUUGUCUAACUUGGAAAUUCUGAUAUUGAGGAGCUGCAAUCUCAUUGGAGAGCUACCUACUUCUCUUAACCAUAUGUCAAGCUUAAAGACCUUAGAUUUCAGCUUCAAUGGACUCAGUGGAGAAAUUAGUAUUUCUCUUCCACGUGCGAAACACCUGAUUUUAGCUGGAAAUAUGUUUACUGGAGCAGUCCCACAAUGGAUUCUUGAUACAAAUCAAAUAAUAGAUCUUUCAUAUAACAACUUCACAAGUACAGGUGGUGUUGAUGACUGUCAGAAAAGUGGCCUCAACUUGUUCGCAAGCACUUCAAGGAUCAAUAACUCAGGAGCUGUUUCAUGUUUGGGAAACCUUAAUUGUCCAUCAGAACCUUCGCACUAUCUUUAUAUAAACUGUGGAGGGAAAGUAGAAACUGUUGAUAAUAUCACCUAUGAAUCUGAUGUUUAUGACGACAAGCUUUCAACAUUUCAUCGAAGUACUUAUUGGGCAUUUAGCGGCACUGGUAUUUUUUUGGAUGAUUCAAUUACAAAGGGUAGCUUAGUUCGGGAAAAUAAACAAGUUGCUUCAAGUGUUGGUCCGCUUUACAUCAAUGCUCGCCUUUCAUAUAGCUCAUUGACUUACUAUGCAUUCUGUCUGAACAAUGCAACAUACAACGUGAGCCUCCAUUUUGCGGAGAUAGACUUCACUGAUGGUAAAAAUUAUAGCAGCUUAGGAAGGCGGAUAUUUGAUGUUUACAUUCAGGGAAAGCGGGAGCUGAAGGAUUUCAAUAUUAAGGAUAAAGCAGGCGGGGUUGGCAAACCAAUUCUAAAGAAUUUCACUGCAAAUGUUUCAGAUGGUACUUUGGAGAUCCGUUUACAGUGGGCUGGAAAAGGGACAACAUCUAUUCCCGAGAGGGGAGUUUUCGGUCCUCUUAUUUCUGCAAUAUCUAUCUUUGAUCCUGCUUAUAAACCUCGAAAAGGUAGUGGGGGAGGUAUCAGCGCAGCUGCAGAGGUUGGUAUUGUGGCUGCUGCAAUAUUUGCUACUUUCCUGAUUGUGGGCGGCAUCCUUUGGUGGAGUGGAUGCUUAAGACGGAGGAGUACAUUGGAACGAGAUCUAAAAGGUAUAGAAUUGCAGACUAGUUGCUUCACCCUAAGGCAAAUUAAGGACGCAACAAACAACUUUGAUGCUGCUAAUAAGAUUGGAGAAGGCGGUUUCGGUCCUGUUUACAAGGGCAUUCUGGCAGAUGGCACAGAAAUUGCUGUCAAGCAGCUAUCCGCUAGAUCAAAGCAAGGAAAUCGCGAGUUCGUGACGGAGAUUGGCAUGAUUUCAGCUCUACAGCAUCCUCAUCUAGUAAAGCUGUACGGAUGUUGCAUUGAAGGAAAUCAACUGUUGCUUAUAUAUGAGUACUUGGAAAACAAUAGCCUUGCUCGUGCAUUGUUCGGUCCAGAAGAAUUUCAGUUGACAUUAGACUGGCCAACUAGACGGAAGAUUUGCAUUGGUAUAGCAAGAGGUUUAGCUUAUCUCCAUGAAGAAUCAAGGUUGAAGAUUGUCCAUAGAGACAUUAAGGUCACCAAUGUGUUGCUUGAUAAGGAUCUAAACCCUAAAAUAUCCGACUUUGGUUUGGCCAAGCUUGACGAAGAAGACAAUACCCACAUUAGCACCCGAAUUGCUGGAACUUAUGGCUAUAUGGCUCCGGAAUAUGCAAUGCAUGGACGUUUAACUGAUAAAGCAGAUGUAUAUAGUUUCGGGAUCGUGGCCCUUGAAAUUGUUAGUGGCACGUGCAACACUAAACACAGUCGCGUAAAGGAAGAAUCUUUCUAUCUCCUUGAUUUGGCUAAUACGUUGAAGCAAAAGGGGAAUUUGUUGGAUUUAAUUGAUCCAAGGGUAGCCUCUCAUUGCGACCCCGAAGGGGCAAUACUGAUGAUCGAUGUAGCUCUCUUAUGCACAAAUUCUACUGCGGCAGCAAGGCCAUCCAUGUCUACGGUGGUGAGCAUCCUCGAAGGCAAGGCAUCCUUUUCGAACAUCAUUACAAAUUCAAGUAUUUACGGAAGCGAGUUGAAUCCCAAAAAUUUAUAUGAAAACGUAGAAGAAAAAGAUGUGGAAAACAACAGCCUGACAAAGAGAAUGUUAGGGGAUGGGCAAUGGACUUCAUCUUCAGAUUUAUAUCCAGUAAGUUUGACAUCUUCGUAUUGGCAAAAUAGCAGCUCAACCUCAAAAAAUUAAGGAAUACCAUGUCAGAAAUUUAAACCAAAAAUUGAAACGCAACUAAAAGUAUAAUGAGAUAACAUUUGUUGAAACAUUUUCAAUAUAUAUAUAGUGUUUCGAUAGUUGUAAUGAGAAA